AUGGGUCACCUUCGUGUAUAUGUCGUGGGUGAUGUUCUUGCAAGGUAUUAUCAGCUUCUCGGAAAUCAAGUUAUAUUUCCUAUGGGAUGGGAUGCUUUUGGUCUUCCUGCCGAGAAUGCUGCGAUUGAUCGUGGUGUCCUACCAGAGGAAUGGACUCGCAAAAACAUCCAGAAUAUGCGUAAACAACUUAAGAAUGAUAUGAAGUUGUCGUUUGAUUGGACACGUGAAAUUGCUACAUGCAAUCCAGACUAUUAUCGGUGGACUCAGUGGCUGUUUAUAAAACUCUUCAAAGCUGGCCUGGCGUAUAGGCGGUUGGGCGAAGUGAACUGGGAUCCCGUUGACAAAACUGUUCUUGCAAACGAACUUGUCGAUGCUGAGGGUAGAUCUUGGCGUUCUGGAGCGUUAUCACUGAAAGAUGGCCUUGGAGAGAUUAAGGGUCAGCAGUGGCGUGACGUUAUUCAAAUGCAAGAGGGUUGGAUUGGCCCAAACGAUGGCUUCGUUGUGGAGUUCGACCUAGAUUUCCAUUCCACCGAUAAGGAUCUUCAAGGGGAACGUCUAGCAGUUUUCACGAAACAGCCCGGUCUUGUAGCUGCUGGUGCCAUUAGCUUCGUUGCCGUGGGGCCUCAGAGCAUAUUUUGGAAUGAACGAUUCCGAUUCCCGCAAAACAAAUGUGGAGCUAAUGGGUCUCGAAAACUAGUUGUCACAAGUAUGGGCUCAUUCCUGGGCAAACUCUCUGUGGAGCCCGCCGCAUCAUGUAAUCCUUGGCCAGAGAGGCUCAACAUUAGCGCUAAACAUUUCCUCACAACCACCUCCAUCCCGCUUAUAUACGACCCACAGUUACGUCCCAAGGUUGAGUACGAAGCAGCGAUCGAGUUAGGCACACCUGCCAUCUGCGAACGACAUAGGGAGCUGAGCCGCUUUCUUGAUCUUCCGCCCCCUGAAUGUCAAAUUGAUACCAAUCGCCUUAGAGAAACUGAUACUGAGUUGCAAAUCACGGUUAGGCAGAGUCCUUUAUCAGAGGUGAAUUGUGGUGUUUCUGCGUUGGAUCAUUUGCAGACUGUUCCUGUGCCGGAGGAGGACCUACCGGUUGAAUUACCUCUUCUAGAAGCGCCUCUGAAACGCGGUGAUGUUCCUUUAAAGGAGAACAUAGAGUGGCGUUGCACUACGUGCCCAAGUUGUGGAAAUCCAGCUGAACGUGAGGUCGACACACUGGAUACUUUCGUCGAUUCAUCCUGGUACUAUCUUCGCUUCCUCGACCCAGCGAACUCUAGGGAGAUUUGCUCACGCGACAAUGCACACAAGCACAUUCCCGUGGACAUAUACAUUGGUGGUGUUGAACACGCCAUCCGUCACCUCUUCUAUGCGCGAUUUAUUGCUCACUUCUUGCAUCGCGAACUAGGUUUGUUGCCUUGUCGGGAGCCGUUCCGACGUUUUCUCCCCGUUGGUCUAGUGAUGGGGAGGACUUUCAAGAGUUCAACCACGGGACAGUACCUCUCCGUGAAGGAAAUUGAAAGGGACAGCAGUGGCAUUGCUCGCAUGAAGGCAACAGGCGAAGUGGUGGUGGAGUCGUGGGAAAAGAUGAGCAAGUCAAAACUGAAUGGCGUGGAUCCCUCCGAGGUGUUCUCUCGCCACGGUGUGGAGCUUACACGACUGACCAUGCUGGCCAGCACAGGACCGCAUGCAGCCAGACAAUGGAAUGAAGACGAGAUACUUCGAGGAGUGAAAAACUGGCAAUCUCGGAUUUGGAGAUUAAUUGGCCAACUUAUUGAAUUCUCCAAUAAGUCUUCUACCCUCUGGCCCUCUGCCGAUCAAACCGAUUAUCUCGCCACUGAUGGGGACUUCUUGCAGACCUACGCACACAUUAUUGAGCAGGUUCAUCACCACUAUGGCGAAUCGUUUGUUUUGAGUUCCGUCAUUGCGAACCUUCAAAAGCUGACAAAUAUCCUUCUCAAGCACUCACGAGAGGGCGAAAGAUGUAUGUCAAGCCGGACCUACUUGAAAGCGAUGGCAGACCUCAUUGUGAUGCUACACCCCUUGGCACCUCUCUUUUCAUGUGAACUCUGGCGUGGCUUCUCCCUCGCUCUCUGCUCUGCACCACCAGAGGCUCUGAACUACCUUUACGCUGCACCUGAUUGGUGCUAUCACCUCGUAAGUAUCCCUUCUCUGUCGUGGGUUCCCAACCAAGCAUCUUCUUCUUCUGACCUCGGACCACUAAGGUAG